CUUUGCGGUAGAUCGAAACACUAGUGGGCGUGGGGGGCAAUCACCGAGCUGAGUAAAGGGUCCAGGGUCAUUGGACCUGGCAGGCGCAAGCUCAGCUCUGGACUCUGUGACGCCGCAUGGGGAACCAAGAUGGAGAGUAGGUGCUACGGCUGCGCUGUCAAGUUCACCAUCUUCAAGAAGGAGUAUGGCUGUAAGAAUUGUGGCCGGGCCUUCUGUUCUGGCUGCCUUAACUUCAAUGCAGUGGUGCCCCGGGCUGGGAACACCCAACAGAAAGUCUGCAAGCAAUGUCAUGAGGUUCUAACCAGAGGAUCUUCUGCCAGUGCCUCCAAGUGGUCACCACCUCAGAACUAUAAGAAGCGUGUAGCAGCCUUGGAAGCCAAGCAAAAGCCCAGCACUCCCCGGAACCAGGGACUGACCCAACAAGACCAACUCAUUGCUGAACGCCUGGCACGGCUCCGCCAGGAGAACAAGCCCAAGUCAGUGCCCUCACAGGCAGAGAUAGAAGCCAGGCUAGCUGCACUGAGAGAUGAACCCCAGGGCUGCAUUCCUUCCACCCAGGAGAUGGAGGCACGGCUUGCUGCACUGAAGGGCAGAGCUCCAACUUCUCAGACCCCCCAGCCGGUUCCCUCCUCUGAGCAGGCACAUCAGCCACCAGACACUAGGACCCAGGCCCAGCAGGCACAGGAUCUGCUGACACAACUGACAGCUGAGGUGGCUAUUGAUGAGAGCUGGGAACAAGGAGGCCCAGCAACGUCUAUCCACAACCAGCUCAACCAGGACGGCCCAAGGGGCCAGAGCACUAAUUCCAGGGCCUCCUGUACCUUGGAGGAGGAAAAGAGCAGACUGCUGGCCGAGGCCGCAAUAGAGCUGCGGGAGCAGAACGUGCAACAGAAGCAGGUCCUGGCCAUCGCCAAGCGACUGGCUGUGCUCCGGGGACAGGACCCCAAUAGAGUGACCCUUCAGGACUAUCACCUCCCAGACAGUGAUGACGAUGACGAGGAUAAGGAGACAGCCAUCCAGAGGGUCUUGCAACAGCUCACUGAGGAAGCUGCCCUGGAUGAAGCAAGUGGCUUCAGCAUCCCCGCAGAGCCAUCUGUCCAGCCCCAGGCCCAGUCCUGCAGAGCAGAGCCUGAGGCCCAGGACAUAGUCCCCAAGCCUGAGGCAAAGGAAGAGGAGCUUCCUUGGUGCUGUAUCUGCAACGAGGAUGCUGUCCUACGCUGUGCUGGCUGUGACGGAGACCUCUACUGUGCCCGCUGCUUCCGGGAAGGCCAUGAUGCCUUUGAACUUAAAGAACAUCAGCCAUCUGCCUAUCGCCCCCCACAUAUCGUCUGCGAGCACUGAGAAAACAUGGAUCUCCCAGGAAGGCAGUCCCCCCGGCUAGGGCACCACCUCAGGGUAGCUGGUGAAAGAAUGUGUCAGCUUGCUAGAUGUGCCUUUUCCUGAGCCUUGGUAUCUCCGGAAGGAGGAAAGAUCCUCCAUUCAAGACAACUACUGGAGGAAUCAAAGGGAAGGCAGAAGUUGGGAGCUCUCCAGCAUUGAAACUUAGACUGGGAGGGAGAGGCAUGAAGGGAAAAGACCAGACUGAAUCUGAAGAUGAGUCUUGAAAACUGGCUCCAGUGCCCAGACACUUAGUGGAUCUAAUAAAGCACGUUAAGUCCUUGGGCCCAGCCUCAUUUAUCUCUUGAAUCCUGUAUGUCCCAAAUCUGGAUCCUCAAAGAAGUGACUAGAACAAAGUCCUGUGCAAUGAGGGAAAACGUUGAGCUAUUCUGGAUCCAGGCAGAGACAGUCCUCACCCCCAUCCUGGUAUCCUCAUACACAGUAGGCACGCAUGUUUGUGCUGGGCAGCCCAGCUCAGGUCCCAAAGCCCACCACUUUGUGCUUUUCAGUCUCCCUAGUACAUAAUGUGUGCAUGAGCAGUGAAUCCAUAUGCUGCUUCCUGCCUUAUGCCCAAAGGACACCGCCCCAGUGCUCCUGUUCCAGCCUACCUGUCAUUCAGGCCCACUGUCUAUUUCCAGAAACACCCUCCUGUCCUGACUCCCAGCCUCACAGCUGUGCCCUUACACCCCUCUACUUAGCCCCUGUUUUUUCUCUUCCUGCCUCUGCCUGGAGCCAGCUCAAGGAAGUCCUUAGCCUGGGACCUCCUGUAUCAUUUAGAGUGGAGGAAAUGAAUCUUUCCUGAUGCCUCCAAGGUUUUUUUUUUCCUGUACCUCUCCUUUGGGACUCAAGACUUAUCUUUGUCAUCUAGGCUUCUGUUGGUGAUGUUAAGAUGUGUGUCUUAGCCGCAUGCCCUCUGCUUGGCCUCUGGGCUUUAAUAGAUUAUGAUACUGAAGCA